AUGCCUCCAACUCCUUGCUCGCUGUGCCAUACCGCCAGGGCUCUGGUGAAGAGACCGAAGACUGGUCAACAAGUUUGCAAAGACUGCUUCUUUGAGGUAUUCGAGACUGAAGUACAUAAUACGAUUAUAGAGGGGAAAGGGAUAUUUGAGAGAGGUGAAAAAGUUGCUAUAGGUGCAAGCGGUGGUAAAGACUCGACUGUACUGGCUCAUGUCUUGUCGGUAUUGAACAAAAGACACAAUUAUGGAUUGGACCUGUUCCUACUUUCCAUCGAUGAAGGUAUUACAGGUUACAGAGAUGAUUCGUUAGAGACUGUCAAGCAGAACCAAGUCGAAUACGGUUUACCUUUAAAGAUCCUAUCGUAUAAUGAGCUGUAUGGCUGGACUAUGGACAAGAUCGUGGAGCAGGUUGGAAGGAGAAACAAUUGUACAUUCUGCGGUGUAUUCCGUAGACAAGCUCUUGAUCGAGGUGCAGCUCAACUUAACGUAGACCAUAUCGUCACUGGUCACAAUGCAGAUGAUAUCGCUGAGACGGUAUUGAUGAAUAUAAUGCGCGGAGAUAUUGCUCGACUCGGCAGAUGUACAGCUGUGACCACGCAAUCUGAAGAUACUAUCAAACGAAGCAAGCCUUUCAAAUACGCUUACGAGAAGGAGAUCGUUAUGUAUGCCUAUUUCAAGAAGCUCACAUACUUCUCAACUGAAUGUAUCUAUUCUCCAGAUGCUUAUCGGGGUCACGCCCGAGUAUUCCUUAAAGAUCUCGAAGCAAUUCGACCUAGUGCAAUAGUCGAUAUCAUCCAUUCAGGAGAAUCCUUCGUGCUCGAGCAAAGUGUGCAGAAGGGAAUGAAGGCGAUGCAAACUUGCUUGCGAUGUGGAUAUAUCUCUUCGAACGAUCUUUGCAAAGCAUGCGCUUUGCUGGAAGGUUUAGAAGCAGGUCUAGAUCGAUCAGCCUUGCGACAAACCCAAGACAGUUCCACUGCUGCUCCGGUAGGACACCGCACCAUUCCGAUGUUUGAAAGAUACAGUAAAGUUGGAAUCGCUCAGCCCACCGAAGGCAUCGAGAAGGGUGUUCAGGCUGUUGAAAUCAGAUAA